CAUAUUCAUAUCGGGCAACAAAAUCACCAGAUCAAUGAUAAUGGUCUUCCAGCAUGGAUCAGUCUCUGUGCGAUACGUGCGCCAGGAUGAAUAUUGAAGAGCUUGUCUCUCAGCAUGGCUUUGCGCUACAUAAGAACUUGCUCAAUCUCUACAAGUCUGUGAGGACAUGCCGGUUGUGUCGUCAUGUACUUAGUAGCUUGAAGCCUCUUCUACCGCUCGACUUGAGAAGCCUACCUUGUCGCCAUGCAAUGAGACAUCUGAGCUCGGAAAGCUCAAGAUCUUCUCUUUCGGAAUCGAAUCAAAAGCUGUUAGCCACUCAACAGGCUCGAGCCUUUUAUGGACAACAUAACCACCCGAAACACGGCUUGACCAUAGUAGUUUCGGACGUCGACUCGGAAGCUCCCAGCAAGCGCGAACGAAGCAUUCCCUGGCUUUUGAUGAGGACCCUUCCCGGAGAUCCCGCCCAGCGCUCAGGCACCAAGACAGCUCGACUGAUACCAGAAAGCACGUCUAGCUUGACUUCGGCUGUUCAUGCUUUGGAGUGGCUCAAGGAAUGCCUUCUCAGCAAGGAUUGCUUUGAAGGUUGUACACAUAUCAUAGACAACGAUCUUCAGAAGUGUCUGGCGAAGACGCAUGGCAAUAACAAAAAGUUGGAAUCACUUUCCCUGUCAGAGGGGCUUGGUGUAUCGCUGUAGUAGGUGUGAAAUUUCGUGGUGAGAUCUGAGAGGGAGGGGCGCCAGAAAUAGGCGCUCGACAGAUCGCGCAUAGGAAGUAAAUAAGUCGAAAUAGGAAGUAUUAGAUAAGCUUAUUCUCGAUGGACUUCCAUGGGAUCAUUUAUU